AUGACUCCUCCCCCUCUGAUCUUUCUUCUCAUGAUUCACGUGGAGGGUGAUUCAGUGACUCUGACCUGCAGCAGUGAAUCAAAUCCACCUGUUCACAUCUACAGCUGGUUUAAAGAGAAUCAAACAUCAUCUGUUGGAUCUGGACAGACGUUCAGCAUCAGUAACAUUAAUUCACGUCUCAGUGGAUGGUUUUACUGUGUGGCUCAGAAUAAACAUGGAUCUCAGAGAUCAGAUGCUGUUUCACUCACUGUUAAAGGAGGAAAUGUCAGAGUUGUGUAUGUGGUUGCUGGGGUCGCGGCUGGAUGUGGAGGUUUAAUCUUCAUUCUCAUCGUUGUGUUUGUCUGGAAGCGCAAACGCAGACCUGAUGACAUCAGACACACGCAGGAUGACAUUUAUUCCACCGUAACAGCGAGAGUCUCAGAGACUGAAUCCAGAGAUACUGAAGAGAUCCAGUACGCUACCGUCCAUCAUCUUAAAGACAUGAAGACAUCAGAAGAGACAGAAGACGUCUAUGAGAAUUCUGCAGUUCAACAGCAUGAUGCGGCUGAGAGAUCUGAUGUUCAAAUGAUGGAGGAUCAGUCUGUGAUUUAUAGUAUGGUUAAAUGCAAAUGAUUUGGAGUUUUGGACCUGGGAAAAACCUUGUUGGUCUUUUGUUGAUCAAUUUUCUUUACAAAAGUUUAUAGUAAAAAUGAAACUUAAAAUCACUACCAUAAUCCUGAAUGUGCUCUAUAAUGUAAUGGUGCUUUGCAUGUGCCUUUAUCAAUUCUGCAAUCUGUCUUUUUUGAAAUGCAGUAAAAAAAUAAAACGAA